AUGUUUUCAUCUUCAACGCAUAAAACUAAGAAAAGUACACUUUCCUUUUCAAAAGAUGAAUUCAAUAUUCUUGAUUCCUAUGUAAUAAUCGAAGGGCGAAAAUAUCAUAAUAUUGAUGGACUAGGGUACCCAUUACCUUGCGACGAAUCUGAAGCUUCUCGUUUGAUACUUCUUCAUUAUAUCUUUCGUUUAAUUUUUGGUGGGAAUUUUUCGUCUCCUAUUUCUAAUUUAUUAUCAGCAGGAGGGAUGACAAUUUUAGAUAUUGGUUGCGGACCUGGAGCUUGGGUGUCAGAGAACAGCAACAACUAUUCGAAAUCAACAUUUAUUGGACUCGAUAUCAUUCCAGAUAAUUUUCCUUCCGAAAAAGAUCGCCUCCCUAACGCGGCUUUUAUCCAGUGCAAUGUGUUAGACGGCAUUCCUUUUCCUGUGAAUACUUUUGAUUUUAUUCACCAACGUUGCCUUUUACAAGCUUUUACCAUAAAGGAAUGGCGUAGUGUAAUUGGCGAGAUUUGUCGAGUUCUUAAGCGGGGAGGAUGGAUCGAAUUUUCUGAGAAGGAUUUGAAGCUAAUUAACCCGGGACCGAUUAUGAAAAAAAUAUCGAAUGCAAAAUCUGCUGCAAAUGAGAUAAAUCCAUACGUCAUACAUAAGCUGAAAGAAUUUUUAAAAGAUACUGGGAAAAUCGAAAAUAUUAAAAUCGUCGAAAAAAUAGCUCCCGUGGGGAGUUGGGGAGGCAAAAUUGGAGAACUGAUUUUUAAAAAUACGCUUAGCUCUUUAAAUGGAUUAUGCGGAAAAAUAGCCCCAAUUUUGAAUAUACCCAUGGAAGAUUAUAAUUCUUUAUUAAAUCAGCUUGAGGAGGACGUAAAUAAACAUCAAACCAGUUACAGAAUAGUGCGGAUUUUUGGACAGAAGGCUUUCUGA